AUCAAAUUCCUCAGAAAAAGCAGGGGAACACGAAGAUUUAGCUACUAAAGCUAACUAAGUAGUUGUGUAUAACCUAUGAAUUUACAAAACAGUGUUGAUAAAUGUUAUCGCGAGUUCAAAACAUGCACGAAUACUUUCUUUUUAUUUGAACCGCCCCAGUUCGUAUCCUAUUGUGUGAAUAUGAAGCGGUUUUUAUAUUCUCUUGUUAUAUUUAAUGUCUGUGGCCUAAAAAUAAAUUUUGGGGAACAUACUAAACUAGGUAUUCUUGACUAUGGUGUAAAUUGGUUGUACAAUAGCAAAACAGAAAAAACAGAUAUUAGAACAAAAUUUUUAGAAGAAAAGAGUGAAAAUAUAAAAAGCAAGAAAAGGAUAACGGCUCUUGAAAGUGAAGCUUCAAAUAAUGUUGAAUAUUUUAACAGUAUACCCCAUCACAAAUAUAGCAAAGGAAUGAAAAAAAUUAAAGAUAUUGAAUAUAUAGAAAACAAUUUUAAAACUAUGGUGAAUAUGGAAGGAGUGAAAUAUGAGUACAAAAGAGACAUGCAUUGGAGGACUUGGAGAGAAGUUACGUAUCCAAAUAAUAGCAGAAUUAUAGUGUGUUAUAGAUGUGAAAAUAUUAUACAUACGAACUGUGAAAAAUGUCAUGGCAGCGGAGCUUGGGCAAUAGAAGAUAAUUUACCAUGCCCAUAUGAAAUCUUCUCGAUUAUUAGCAAAAACGAAGUAUGUGCAAUCAAUUACAAACAAAUAAAUAGAAUACAUGAAAAAUGUCCAGUCAUCAUAAAAUUAUCAGAUUUAAGAGAUUGUAACAAUCCGAUGAUAACUAAAUAUUUAGUGAAGCGAGAUUAUGGAACUGCCUCUGAACGGAAUCGGACAAGUUUGUGUAAAGAGCGGGAAUAUUGUGAAAUCACAACCUUUUAUCAGAUAUCAUCAAAUCGAACAAUUUUUAGCGUAAUCAAUGCGACAAACCACGUGUUUUAUUCAAGGAUAAUGAAAAAUGGCGGGAACAAUUUUAUUUGUGUAGACGAUUGCGGCACUUAUGAUUCAUCCACGAGAAAGAUUUUAAGUAAUGAAAAACCUCUUAUUGUCAAUUUGUUAGACAAAUCUGGCAAAAAUAAGCGGGAAUAUCUAUUGAAAAAAAUCGUUCACAUAAAUGAUUUGAUUAAGUCAUACAAAACAACAGUCAAACCAUUUAAAGUUGGCGUGAAAGUAUUCAAAAAUCCUUAUUACGAAAUGGCGAAAAAGAGAAGGGAAGAAGAAGAUAUAUUUAAGACAAACAAACACGGAGGGAACAACUAUCAAUUGACCACAAUGUCUAGCUGUCAAAAGUUACAAACCACUACGGUAGACGAGUAUGAGUUGCAUGAUUACUUGGAUGCUUGAUAGUCAGACAUCUUUACGUAGCCGCACUAUUGCCAGAGUUCAAUUUAUCCAGUCUAAUUUCCCGAUCGAUCUACAUAUUAAAAUGCCCAAACGGGUGGACAAAAAACUGUCUUAAGGAUUACAAUUGAUAUUUUUGACAAGUUUAUUUGUUAGACAAAUUUAAAAACCCCCGACUUUCAAUAUUCAUUUCUCUACAAAUUUUGAAUGACUGAACCGAUUUUCAUGAAACAUACAUGACUAAUAUUCGGAAUUAAAUUAUGACACAAAAAAUCUAAACGAAAAUCGAUUCAUCCUAUCGGGGCAUAGAUAAAAGAAAUAUUGGUUAGAAGGCUACGAUGCCACAGACAAGACAUGUUAAACUUAUAAAUAACACUCCUCCUUUUGCGUCGGGGGUUAAAAACGAAAAUCAAGACUAAAUGUGGCCUGACUACGUUUAGUCGAGGUCCAUACAAAUAUUGUGAAUGCGAAAGUAUAUAUGUCUGUUCGCUUUCACGGCUAAACUGCUAGAUAGAUUUUAAUGAAACAGCAUGUAGGUAUGCAUGUAGUGACUCCCGUUCAAAUAUAGACUACUUUUUCAAAGAUCAACCCCUAAAUCGCUACAACGGGUGGUGAGAUAAAUAUAUUAGGACAAAUCACACAGACUGAGCUAGCCCCAAAGUAAGUUCGUGACUUGUGUUAUGGGAUACUAACUCAACGAUACUAUAUUUUAUAACAAAUACAUAUAUAGAUAAACAUCCAAGACCGGGGUCAAUCAGAAAAAGAUCAUUUUCCAUCGUGAGCCGACCGGGGAUCGAACCCGGGACCUCUCGGUUCAGAGGCAAGCACUUUACCACCGCGCCACCGAGGUCGGCAAAAGCUGGUUAUUAAUAAAAGAUCAAUAAUUAAUUUCAUAAUUUUUCUUCACUAGCGACCCACAGUCUGAUUCACUUAAGUAUCUGUCUGUUUCACUAACGAAAAAGUUAGGGAUUUCCAUUAAAACACAUUUAUAUUUUACAAUUUCGUGUAUUUCACCUAAACAUUGUAUUUGGUUUCACGUUAUCCCCCUUUUAUACAAAUUUACAACAAAUCGAUUUUUAUCACAGAACAAAUGAAAUAAUUUUACAAUAGACUGAAGUUCGAUGCAAUUUAUUGAAGAAACCUAACUAAUUUUAAUGGUAAAUUUAUGUAACGUGACGUAAUGUGUCUUGUAAAAACGGUAUCAAUUUAUUACAAAUAUUCAAAUUUCACUUGUGUCAUUGCAACUCAAUUUGAAUAUCUCCAUACUAUUCCAUACAAGCGAUACUGUUUUCAAAAGUCACAUCACGUCACGUCACGUGGCAAUGUCGCUUUAUCUUCCGGAAAUUACAAUAUUUAAAAUUUUUAACAAUAGGUAAUUAAUAGAGGCAGUUUAUAUGAAGCUACAUGUAGUACUGAUCAAUCACUUUAUUUUUUACUUUUUUAUGUAAGCUACAAAUAGUGCUAUCUCUUUCAUCUGCAGUCCGACCUCUCUUUCUUACAUUGCAUGGAAUAUGCACAGGUAUAACGUAUAGCCAUCGUAUAGGUUAACUAUAAAUGGAUAUGUCUAUUAAUAUCAUAAUACAGUAGGCGCCGGAAUACCUGUUAAAAUUGAUUAAGUUAUAAGCACUAAUUGUAAUUACUUUGAGACCAUUGUAACACUUGGUUGGCAAAUAAAUAAUAUGAAAAAAAAGGUGAGAGGUCGGGCUACACAUGAAUGAGAUAACAAUAUAUGUACUUUACAUCGAAAAGUUGUGCUGGCUCGAUUACAAAAUCGAU